AUGUCUCAGCUUGCCCCCGAGCCCGAGUUCGAGCAGGCGUACAAGGAGCUUGUCCUUACGCUCGAGAACAGCACCCUGUUCCAGAAGAACCCCGAGUUCCGCACUGCUCUCAAGGUCGUCUCGAUCCCUGAGCGUGUCAUCCAGUUCCGCGUCGUCUGGGAGGACGAUGCCGGCAACGUCCAGGUGAACCGCGGCUACCGCGUUCAGUUCAACUCGGCCCUGGGCCCGUACAAGGGCGGUCUCCGUCUCCACCCCUCCGUCAACCUCUCGAUUCUCAAGUUCCUUGGUUUCGAGCAGAUCUUCAAGAAUGCCCUCACUGGCCUGAACAUCGGUGGUGGUAAGGGUGGUGCCGACUUCGACCCCAAGGGUAAGAGCGACGCUGAGAUCCGCCGGUUCUGCGUUUCUUUCAUGCGCGAGCUCUCCCGCCACAUCGGUGCCGACACCGAUGUCCCCGCUGGUGACAUUGGUGUUGGUGGCCGCGAGAUCGGCUAUCUGUUUGGUGCCUACCGCCGCGAGCGCAACCGCUUCGAAGGUGUCCUCACCGGCAAGGGCCUCGACUGGGGUGGAUCGCUCAUCCGCCCUGAGGCCACCGGCUACGGCCUCGUGUACUAUGUCGGCCACAUGCUGGAGCUCGCCGGCGCUGGCGACUGGAAGGGCAAGCGCGUUGCCAUCUCCGGUUCCGGCAACGUCGCCCAGUACGCCGCCCUGAAGUGCAUUGAGCUUGGCGCCACUAUCGUCUCGCUCUCCGAUUCCAAGGGUGCGCUCGUCGCGUCUGGCGAGGGACAGGUCACCGUUGAGGAUAUUGAGGCCAUUGCCGACCUCAAGCUCAAGCGCAAGUCGCUGUCUGAGUACUCCGCCAAGGGCAACCUCCAGUACAUCGAGGGUGUCCGCCCGUGGCUCCACGUCGGCCAGGUCGAUGUCGCUUUGCCGUGCGCGACCCAGAACGAGGUCAGCAAGGAGGAAGCCCUCGGCCUGGUUGCCGGCGGUGCCCGUUUCGUCGCUGAGGGUUCCAACAUGGGCUGCACCCUCGAGGCCAUCGAGGUCUUCGAGAACGAGCGCCGCACUAAGCAGGGCAACGCUAUCUGGUACGCCCCCGGCAAGGCCGCCAACUGCGGUGGUGUCGCCGUGUCUGGUCUGGAGAUGGCGCAGAACAGCGCGCGCCUCUCGUGGACCCGCGAGGAGGUCGACCAGAAGCUCAAGGAUAUCAUGAAGACCGCCUUCGACAUUGGUGUCACCACCGCCAAGAACUACGUCGAGUCCGCCGAGGGCGAGCUUCCCAGCUUGGUCGCCGGCAGCAACAUUGCCGGUUUCGUCAAGGUUGCUCAGGCCAUGCAGGAGCACGCCGAUUGGUGGUGA